AUGUUUAAGUGUGCCAUACCCAUGUUUAAGUGUGCCAUAUCCAUGUUUCAAUGUGCCAUAUCCAUGUUUAAGUGUGCCAUACCCAUGCAAAUUCCUCUUGGAGCUAACUGUACCUUCGCACCUUCUGCAUGUAAUGAAUCAAAUUCUGAGUGUGUCCAAGGAAAAUGUGUCUGCGCGAAUGAUUUUUUCGACUCGAACGGACUUGCUGAUGCUGGAAGCUGUCUCAGCGAAUUAUCACUUGGUCAGACGUGUUCUCUUGGAAUCCCUGACCAGUGUACGGAUCCUAACGCUGAUUGCAAGGUGAAUGGUGGCAUUGCCUCGUGUGGCUGUCAGCUGGCAUUCUACAGGAGCCCUGCUGGCAAAUGUGAAGAAAAAAUAGCCAUUGGGGCAAGCUGUGCUUCUGGUGUAUCUAACCAAUGCGCGGACGAAAAUGCAGAAUGUGGAGACACCAACACCUGUGAUUGCAACGCCGGAUUUUAUAUACUUGGAAGCAGUUGUGCUGCAGAACUGGAACUUGGUGACACGUGUAACAAUGUUGAUGGUGAAUGCGGAACGGCCGAUUCUGAGUGCAAGGGGAACUGUGCUUGUGUAACAGGAUUCUACGACACUAACGGGGCAGAGACUGGUGGUACCUGUGCUCCAAGGAACAGCGAGCCUGAACUUAAAACAUAUGAUUGCAGUUUGACAUUGAAUCAGGUGUUUACAAUAGAAAUGAACGAUCUGGAAAGUGACGCUUCUAAACAAAUUGCAGGAGAUCUUAGAAUAAUCCUUCAAAGCGAACUUGGUAACGUACUGCUAGCAGUUGUUCUGACCCUUUUAUCGCCAGGCAGUAUCAAAAUAGACUACGUUGUCACACUGUCCAAGUCCGUAACACCUGAUACACUGCAAACAGCUGUGGUCAAUGGUCAAGCGGCUAAUCUCAACAAUUUGAACUUCAUCACAAGCAUUGAUCCUAACUCUAUCGCCGUUACUGAAUCAGAGCAAGUACCCUGUGUGCAGACUUCGGCCAACAGAACAGAUAUCCCCCUGAACGGUCGGUGUGGAGAUCACAGCGCCACUGGUAUCUGUGUGACACCUAACAGUGCGUGUGUGGACAGGCUAGGAGUUUGGAGAUGUCGCUGUGAAUCGGGCUUCAUUCAAACUAAGGACCAAAGGAACUGCACACCUGCACCGACAGACCUGUUUGCUUAUCACAACCUCACUGUAACUCUGCAAGUACCAAAACCUGUCGGAACACAACUUUUUUCCAUCCCUUUCUCCAAUGACGUCGCUAAUUUGUGUACUACCAUACCAGAGGUUUCUUUUGUAAAAGCAUUCACAGAUAACAACUUCCGGUAUGAGGUUAACUGUACUGCUGUGUCAGUGAUUUUGGAUUCCUCAUUGUCCGACACUGAUACGAGUUUUGCUUUAAGCAUUCAAGCGAAGAUGACAUUUAGUGACCUGAUAAUCUCUGACGAAAUUGUCACCAUAUUUGAGACAUACUCGGAUGUUUCCAUACCCACAGAAUUAUGUGUAACUGUGACUGAUGGAACGUUUUCCGGCCAGUUACUGGCCACUUUACCUACCUUACGGUCUGGAGAAUCUUACGAUGCACCAGUAUCAAGUAAAUACGCGUUACAAGGGGAAAAUGUGUACUGUAGAGAUUCUAUCAACCUCACUACCAUCACGGGACAGUCCGAUAUUGCUGCUUUUCUAGACAAGUUUAUCCUUACUUAUGGGUCGAAAACUUUAACGAUAAAAUUCCUUAUUGUUAGAGUUGAAAUGGACGUCACCAAAAGGGAGGACACGUCAACAAAUUCAAUUAUAUUAAAAUAUUCAAUUUCAGAUUCAUUUACAUUGAUAUCUACAGAUCUACCAUAUACAAAUCUGACACUUGGAGUCUCCAACGUUAGAGUUGGAUCUGGUCGCCUAGAUUUUGAGAGCAAUAUGUCACCGAUUAUUUUCAACAUUGAAGUCAGGGUAUGUUCAUUGACGGCUUCGACAAAAGUAGUUUUACAUAUAACGGACGUCAACGACAUUGCACCUCAAUUCUCAAGUAGCACAUAUUCAUUUGAUAUCUUUCCUGCUUCUCUGGCGGGUUUGUUAGUCGGUGCAGUCACAGCAACUGAUAUUGACAGCAUGACAUCUCUGUCCUUCAGCGUGGACAGCUCAUACUUCGGUAUUGACAGCAAAGGCGUCAUCAAGACAUUGACUAGGACUGAAGUUAUACCAUUCGUGGAGAUAACAGGAGAGUCAAAAUACCUUCUAAACGUGACAGUGAGUGACGGAGUGAGAAGCGGAAUGGCACAGGUCACCGUAAACUUGGCUCGUCUACCAGGAACAAACCUAGGGCUGACCUUUGUUGCCAAUAUAUUUGAAAACAGCCCACCUGGUACAUACGUCUUGACGGCAAAUAUCAGCGAUUACAGCAACUUCGAGUUUGCGAGCGAUAGCGCACAGGAGUAUUUCUCUCUCAAUAUUACUACGGGGGAGGUUUUCACCAAUAAACAACUUGACCGAGAAAACGAGGAUGAAAAUAAGCUUCGGUUUGCAAUUACGGCAUUCAAAAGCAGUGAAACGACCUGCUCUCUCACCGUACUUGGGGAUCUUGAAGUGACGGUGGAUGAUGUCAAUGACAACGCGCCUGUGUUUCAACAUUCGGAGUACACGGGUCAGAUAGCGGAGGGUAGCACUACUGGUAGAACUGUUGAGCUUCAAGUUUCCAUCGCAGCUACUGAUGCUGAUGUGGACUCAUCCUUUACUUUUGGUGUAUCCAGCAGUAAAUUUGCGAUUGAUGGAAUGACAGGCGUAAUAACAACGAUCUCAGAAAUUGAUCGCGAGGAGAUGGAGACGAUGACUCUUGUCGUUACAGCUGACGACGGCGUUAACACAGCUUCUGUUAGCAUAGUCAUCACAGUGAUAGAUGUCAAUGAUAAUCCACCAGCGUUCACAUUCACAGCAGGGAACUGGAGGUCAACAAGUAUAAGUGAGGGAAUCUCCGUUGGAAAUGUCGUCACCACAGUUACAACGAGCGACCUUGACGCUGGCGAAAAUGGCAGAAUAUUUUACAGUAUCCAAGGAGACUCUGGCUACUUCCGAAUGGAUGACAGACUUUCUGGUGUAAUCACUGUUGCGCAUAACUUAGACAGAGAGGAAAAACCAGUUCACACUUUUACUGUGCUAGCACGUGACAAUGGAAUUCCGUUUCUAAGCGUAAAUACAUCGAUAACUGUAAGCCUGAUAGACAUUAAUGACAACGACCCCGUAUUUAAUUUCACUACUCUAGAAACGACGAAACCAGAGGACGCUUGUGCACUAAUUGGUGCGCCUUUGUUGACGGUAUCUGCUACCGACGAAGACGACGGUUCGAACGGGGAGAUUGCAAGCUAUUCCUUCACCGGAGGAAAUGAAGAUGGAGUUUUUACAAUCGAUACUGGUGGAGUAAUUCGAUGUAGCAAAGGUUUAGAUUACGAAACUACUGCUGAGUAUAAACUGGUUACCGUAGCAACGGAUAAUGGAAAUCCUCCCCGAAGCAGCUCCUCCACUGUCACAAUAACGAUCUCCGACAUUAACGACAACAUACCUUCGUUUACACAAGAACUUUCUUCUGGGUCCCACUUCAUAAAAAUCAGGAAGUCGGAUUUCGCUGGUCAGGCUGGAAAGCCAGUCAUGGUAGUGACCGUUGUUGACCGGGACAGUGGUCUGAACGGCCAAAUUAAGACACCAAUCGGUCUUACCUUGCCAACUGGACUAAGUCUCACUCUUGAAGAGAGUGGUGUUCUGCGCACGAACAGAUCCGAUCCUCCAAUCCAGAAUCUCACAGUCAUAAUGACAGCCACGGAUAAAGGCUUUCCAUCUCUUUCCUCCACGGCCACACUGACUUUGGAAAUAGUGGAUGACGGCACGACAGAAGGAAAAGUGCAGUUUCAGGAUCAGGACAUUUCAAUGAAUAUUGAAGAGAACACUUCCAACAGAGAAAUUGGAUCGUUGGCCAGUCGGGUGACUUAUUUACCUGGUGCAACAGUCUUGUUCGACAAAGUUUCGGGAGCUGAAAACGUGAAAAUUGAUUCGUCCGGCAUUGUAAAGGUCGAAGAUCCGUUUGACAGAGAAACGAUAAGCUCAACUGUAAUCGUUGUUCGAGCUACUGUAGAUGACGAAUCAGACUUGGCACUUCUAACAGUGACCGUUGAUGACCUGAAUGACAACCAUCCAACAUUUGGUUCAGUGGACAAGUACCGUCGUAUUCUUGCCGAAGACUUCGCCAUGGAUAAUGAGGUAGCUACUGCUGUGGCUACAGACCAGGAUGAUGGUUCCAAUCAAAAAAUAACCUACACAAUAAUAACUUCUGGCGAUUGUUCUGACCAUUUUGUUGUUGCCUCAACAACCGGUAUCAUCUCGUUGGACAGAAACCUUGACCGAGAAGGGUCAUUUUCUUUCUGUGCUUUCUCAAUUAAAGCCACGGACGGAGGCAGUCCAAGUCUUACAGCUACUGUUCCAGUAGAAGUGACAGUGACUGAUGUUAACGACAACAGUCCGCUCUUUAGUGAUCUGUCCUCUACAGGGGGGUAUGACAUUACAGUGAUGGAGGACCUGCGUAUCAGUGACCAGACGGAGCCCUUUGGGUACAUCACUGAUGCUGACAUAGGACCGAAUGGUGCUGUAGAUAUUUCUCUCUCUCCAGAUGCUCUUUGUCCUUUUUCAGCUAAGUUAGAAUUCACAACAGUUGUCAUUUCCGAUGUCUUCAAAAUCAUCCUCACAUUGGCAUCCAUACUGGACUAUGAAGCAGUGAAGUUCCAUACUUGUGAAGUACUGGUGUUCGAUAAAGGGAUACCAUCCUUGAACAACACUGUAAAGGUCGAUAUCACAGUCGCUGACGUGAAUGACAACCCACCCGUCUUCUCUGUUAAAAAUUACAACGUUGACGUAUCACGUGAUGCAAACAUAGGUCAUGUGAUAACUGAUGAAAUAAAUGCAACUGAUGCGGAGUCAACAGAUCUAAGCUUUAAGUUUGAUGAAAUGGAUUAUAUUGAAUACUUCAAUAUCAAUUUUGUAACGGCUAGAAUCACAGUGAACUUAAAACUUGUUGACCUCCAACGAGAUGACUUGGUCCUAAACGUUAUAGCAGAGGAUGGAGGCCUCCCGCCGCUGUCGGCUACAGCCACUGUUAGCAUAUCAAUCAAGGAUGAUAACAUACGUCCCGUCUUUGAAAAACCCGUGGAAAUACUGGAACUUAUUGAACACGCUAGUGUUGUCAAUCCUAUCUUCACCGCCGUGGCAACAGACCGUGUCGGAAGACAGGAUCCUGAACGUUGUAACUGUACCUAUAGGUUCGAAACCCCUUCAGAAACCUUUGAAAUCAACAACACCACCGGCGAAAUCAACGUCAAGCAGGGGGUUGACAUUGACAGAGAAAAAACACCAGAAAUCAUCUUGUAUAUAAUAGCUACUGAUCCUGGUAAUAAGGACUCCCUACCUGUCAGUCUGACACUCACUAUAGCGGACAUCAAUGACCAAAGCCCUGUCUUUACGGACAUUAGGGAUGGAGACUAUAGAUUUACACUGUUACAGGCGGCUCCGGUUGGCUCCGUCGUGGGGACUGUGAUUGCUGAGGACGCGGAUGCAGAGGAAAACGCCAUUCCAAUAUAUUCAUUAAGAGGUGCGAGUUAUUCCUGGUCCCCACUGAUAGCCAACCCCACAGACCUAUUCUCGGCCAUACCUGUCGGUAUCUACCCUCAAAAUGGUACCAUCUUCACCAACGGCUCUUUAGAUCUUAAUGCUACAAGAAACUUUUACAUUGAGCUGGUUGUGAGAGCUGAAGACUCAAAGGACAGUUUAAAGGCCACAGAAACAAAAGUCAUCAUCCAGGUGGAUUACGAAGAUCCUAACGGUUACCGUCCGGAGUUUUCUCAAGAUAAAUAUCGCACUUCGUUAGCCAAAUCAGUCACUAUUGGAACAGUGUUGGACAUCAAUGUGACAGCUUCUGACCGUGACACCGGCGCUGACGGAGCGAUCAGUUAUAGAAUUACAGCUGGCAAUAUCAGGGAUAUUUUUAGCAUUGAUUCACUAACAGGACAACUAUCUGUUGCCUAUGUCAUCGACCUUACUACAAAUAUCGUUAACAUGACUAUCCAGGCAAAGGAUGGAGGGAUUAUACCAAAAACGGGGUACUGUUCUGUGGAGAUUGUCCUCACCGGAGACCCCGUCGACUGUAGACCCUCUCCAGACACCAGUAACCAGUGGUUCAUACCAAUGUUGGUAUUAGCCGGUGUUCUGGGUGUCGGUAUCGUGGCCUUACUCGUACUAACUUACCAUUUCGUAAAAUUACGCCACAAAUAUCAGGACCCGAACCACAUGGCAUUAAGAGAUACGAAAAGGAGCAUUUACACGGCCCAUGGUCAAUCCAUGGCGGAAGAUUACAGAAGUUACGCUCCAUUAUCAGCCACCAGUCGAACGUUCCCGGGUCAAAUGGUUCCAUUCCAUGAUCAACAAAUCUCAAUUUACCGUUCCAUGGACAGUUUGAGAGCUGACCAGAGUGGUCAGUCUAACUUGCUGGUUGACCUGUCUGUUGAAUCUGACUUGCUGGUUGAUCUGUUUGUUGAAUCUAACUUGCUAGUUGACCUGUCUGUUGAGUCUUAUUUGCUGGUUGAUCUGUCUGUUAAGUCUAACUUGCUGUUGAUCUGUCUGUUGAGUCUAACUAGGAUGAGUUCCGCGGAUGGUAGUUUUGCUGGUUCUGAAUACUCUAACUAUGAACAUCCACAUGAACAGGGUUCACGAAUCGCAUCCAGUCGACAAUCUACGUCUUAUGAAGUUCACAACCGGCAAUUACAGUCCGGUGUUAACAACCGCGGAUCAAAGCGUCACGGUGUAAUAUUCAGUGAACCAAGCAAUUUGUCCUUCCGACACCCAACUUUCCAUGAACCGGAAGUAGAUUACUAA